AUGAUCGAUUUGGGCGAAUUAUCAAGUGUGAAUGACGACGAUGAUUUGGCUGAUCGAUAUAUUCCAAUGCGAAACGUUAACCAGCCAGCAAGUAUCUGGUCGAUGAUUCCUUGUAUCACUACGCAUAAAAGAAAACGAAUGUGUAUUAUAUUUUGUGCUAUCACCGUUAUCUUACUCGUAUUGGUUGCGGCUAUUGCAACACCUAUCAUUAUCAUCAUGAAAAAAGGAUAUUCAACAACAGAAAAAUCAACUAUUACUACAAUGGAAAAACGAAGUACAACAAUAACAGAAACAAAAACGACAAAAGAACAUUCUUCUUUUCCAAUUAAUUCCAAUACCAAAUGGAAACCAAAUGCCGUUAAUAUUAGCGCAGUAAAUGGAUUAAAUCGAUUACAUAUUGGCGAGGUCAUUGUAUUAUUGGCUGGAAAUUUAAUGAAACAAUUGGAGAAAUUGUUGCAGGAUCGAAGGAUUCGGGGAAUGUAA